UAAUGGCGGGUCGCCGGGUCAUGACUUUUACAGGCCUCGUUCCUAUUUACUACCUCUCUCAGACUCAACGUUCUCCAUUGAAGCGUUCUCCGUUGAAUCUUAUCCUUGUAUCCCCCAUUGAAGCAGCUUCUAAGGGCGGCUGGGCUCCUGCCUGCCUCAGGGACGGGCCUGUCUCUCCUCCAUUGAAACAUACUCUCAACUCUCCAUUAAAGCUUCUUCUGAGGUUACUCUCUUCCAUUAAAGCACCGUAUGAGGAUUUUGUUGAUAAAAUUCUUUAAUGUUGGGACUAAUGUGUGAAAAUGGGGUUUUUCUCCCUGGAACUAAAGUGGCUGCCCCUCCUGCUCUUUGUCCGGAUCGGGCUUGGGCUUCUUCGUCUGUUACUUUCAAAUCAGAUAACAGCAAGAAACUUCUCUCUUGCAAAGCUUCCAUUGAUGCUCCUAAUUCUUCAAUCAAGAGUGAGACUAAGGCUUUGGUUGUACAAGGUGUGUCUGAAAAGGUUGUGGGUGUUUUGGGAGGUGGGCAGCUUGGUCGCAUGUUAUGCCAAGCUGCAUCAGAAAUGGCUAUCAAAGUAGCUAUUUUGGACCCCUCUGAGAACUGCCCUGCUUCUCCUUUCUCACAUUAUCAUAUGGUUGGGAGCUUUGAUGACAGUACCACAGUUGAGGAAUUUGCAAAAAGAUGUGGAGUUUUGACAGUGGAGAUUGAGCAUGUUGAUGUUGCCACCCUUGAUAAGCUUGAACGACAAGGAGUUGAUUGCCAACCCAAAGCCUCUACCAUUAGGAUAAUUCAGGAUAAAUACCUUCAGAAGCUACAUUUUUCUCGACAUGGGAUCCCUUUGCCUGAGUUUAUGGAGAUAGAUAAUGAUGAAAGUGCUAGGAGUGCUGGAAAGCUAUUUGGUUAUCCUCUUAUGAUCAAGAGUAAAAGGCUUGCCUACGAUGGACGUGGUAAUGCUGUUGCUAAGUGUGAAGAAGAUCUCACUUCUGCAGUCAGUGCUCUAGGGGGAUAUGAGCGAGGCUUGUACGUCGAGAAAUGGGCUCCAUUUAUAAAGGAAUUGGCAGUCAUUGUUGCAAGAGGAAGAGACAAUUCUGUCUUGUGCUAUCCUGUUGUUGAAACUAUACACAAGGAGAAUAUUUGUCACAUUGUUAAGGCUCUAGCUGCUGUACCAUGGAAAGUAAGAAAACUAGCCACUGAUGUUGCACAUAAAGCUGUAAGUUCUUUGGAAGGUGCAGGAGUCUUUGCAGUAGAAUUGUUCUUGACGGAGACUGGAGAGAUUUUGCUUAAUGAAGUAGCUCCCAGACCGCAUAAUAGUGGACAUCAUACUAUUGAAUCAUGUUAUACCUCUCAAUAUGAGCAGCAUUUGCGAGCGGUUAUUGGUCUUCCACUUGGUGAUCCAUCUAUGAAGACACCAGCUGCAAUCAUGUAUAACAUAUUAGGAGAAGAUGAGGGGGAACCAGGUUUCCGUAUAGCUCAUGAACUCAUGACAAGAGCUCUAGCUUUGCCAGGGGCGUCUGUUCAUUGGUAUGACAAAUCAGCAAUGAAAAGGCAACGCAAGAUGGGUCACAUCACUAUUGUUGGCUCUUCUAUGGGCAUUGUGGAGGGACAUCUGAAAUCCUUGUUGAAAGACGACAACCCGGAUGAUGCAGUCUCAGCUCGAGUUGGAAUCAUUAUGGGAUCCGAUUCAGACCUUCCCGUCAUGAAAGAUGCCUCCCGGAUCUUAAAUAUGUUUGGAGUGGCACAUGAGGUCAGAAUUGUUUCUGCACACAGGACUCCAGAUAUGAUGUUUUCAUAUGCUACAUCUGCUUGGGAACGAGGUAUCCAAGUUAUCAUUGCUGGUGCUGGUGGUGCAGCUCAUUUGCCAGGAAUGGUUGCAGCACUUACUCCAGUACCAGUAAUUGGUGUCCCUGUGCGUGGUUCCGCACUGGAUGGAAUGGACUCACUCUUGUCAAUUGUUCAGAUGCCUAGAGGGGUUCCUGUUGCAACGGUUGCAAUAAACAAUGCUACAAAUGCUGGGCUUCUCGCAGUGAGGAUGCUGGGUGUUGCUGAUUCGGACUUGACCUCUAGAAUGGCCCAGUAUCUUGAAGAUGCUAAAAAUGAUGUGUUGGUAAAGGCUGAAAGACUACACAAAGAUGGGUGGGAAGCUUAUUUGAACAACUGAGAAAUGUUCUCUCAUUAUCAAAGGGGGAAAUUGUUGCACAUCAAUAAACUACAUCCCCAAAGAACAUGGACUCACGGAGUGAACAUAGAUGUGCGAUUCUUUUGCGGCGAGGAGCAGGCUAGGAUGCCACCACAAGCAACUCAUACCAAGCUAUAAAAAUUGAAGGAUGAGAGUGCGUAUGAUGAUGAGCCAUCACUCGUGUGUCGGAAAACAUAAGAAAUCCCUUAAAUCAUGAGAUGGAUACUAAAGAGAUGUUUUAGAGGUGUAUUGCAUUAUACAAAAAGACAUCCUGUAGUUUGGAAUACUCCAAAGCCCAUUUAGAAAGAAGGUAGGGACAAAGCACAAAGUGGGUUAACCCCAUGAAAAAGCUACUGUACUAUUCUAUCUUCUGUAUCUUAUUUUCCAAUGCGUAAAAUGUACAAUUUUGGCACGUAAUAAUCAUUAGUUGGCCCCUAAA